AUGAACCCGCUAUUGGUGAGCAAAGAGAGAUACAUGUUUGAUGGUGACGAGGGCCCUGUGGAGAGCAGAGUGGUGAAGCCAGCUGGGGAAUUUGAUCGUCCGGGCCAGGCUCCCAGGACCCAGGCAGAGCCGACCAUGGCAGUGGGGAGACUGGUGAGCUGUCCAGGUGAGCUGCUGCGGGCUUCCCAGGCACGGUCCCAUGUCCAUUCUGUGCUCCUCACCACCGGCUUCCCCGUGUAUUUCAACUACCAGCCUCCAGACCGCUUGCCAGGAGCCGUGGCCCUGGCCGCCAUCCUGCAGGCCUUGGAGAAGCGGGCCUCCAUGGUCUUCGACCAGAGAGCCUUGAGUUUGCACAAGAAGCUUGUUGAUGAGGCUGCCGAGCAGGGUGAAGCCCCCAAGAUCCAGGAGGAAGCAGGUGAAGCCGGAUGUUGGCGCUCCGAAGCUACCGACUUCGUGGACCCUUCUCUUGGCCUCAGGAUCCCCGGCCCCUCCUGUGGCUGCCCAGCCCCCUGCUCGGCCCACUACCCCUCCCCGGGGUGCUCCUUUCUUUCCUCCAUUCCAUCCACACCCCGAUUCCUCAGCUCCACAGGCAGUUGUCUUGUCGUGGAAUCGCACUCAUCUGAGAAUGAGGACACCCACCUCCCACUCACUACCUGGGCCCUGUCCUUCUCAGAGACCCCCUGGAGUGAGGAGAGCAAGGGCACAGACGGGACAGACCUCAGGAGCGAACAAGAUGAAUUUAAGAUGCUGAAGGGCAGAGACAGGAACAGACAAGAUACCAAUGCUGUGUUGUUACUUUCUUUCGUUCAGUGGGCUGUUGUGAAUCUAGAAAACUGUUCUGAGAAAAUUCCUCAGGGUGUUGACCUGAGGCGCCUGGUCAUUCACAAUGACCACAAGGAAGAAAAACUGCCGGGCAUUCUGGUGCAGCAUGGAGUCUGGAACAGACUCUCAGGCACCCUGGGCACAGAAGUGUACAGGCUGCUCUUCCAUGGCACUCAUGCCCAGAUGACCCAGAAACUGAUGGGCAUCACCCUGCCGUAA